AUGCAUUGUGGAAUCACUGUUAUCCCGCUCAUUUGGAUUGAGACCUUUUCCGAGAAACGAGAGAUCGUCGAAGGUGGCCGUCCCACUCCUGAGUUGCAAGGACUACAUACAACAUCCAAGCGAAGUGGUAAAGUCUUUAUUCGAAGUUUUCAGACGUCAAAUUACGACAAGUACAAAUGGCUGGCUGGCUCCUCAAAAUUGAAUAAGUUAUUUUGCUGGCCGUGUCUUUUGUUCAACUCAACAGACAAGACAGUCUGGUGCAAGAAGGGAUACGAUGAUUUGGCCAACCUGUGUAAUGCCGUCAACAGACACGAGAAAACGAAGACACACUUGUCCAGUUGCCUAAUGAAUGCCAGUUUUGGGCGUACACGCAUCGACAUGCAGCUAGACGAACAGGCCCGUCAACACAUCUCAGCUCACAACUUGAUGGUGCACAAGAAUAGAGAAGUACUUCGCCGUUUCAUUGAUGUUGUUUGCUUUCUUGGCAAACAGGAACUUUCUUUCAGAGGUCGGGUGGAGCUGGAGGAGUCUGCCAACAGGGGCAAUUACGUCGAAUUGAUAAAACUGCUAAGUGCAUAUGACCCCACGCUUGAACAGCAUCUUCAUACAGCAACCGUGUUUUCUGGACUUUCUAAUCGUAUCCAGAACGAUUUGAUUGUUGCUGUCAAGGACGUUAUGUUGAAAGCAAUAAAAGAUGAAGUGAUGAGGAGCCCAUUUGUCGCUAUUUCCCUGGAUGAAACCUCCGACGUUAAGACCUUAUCGCAGCUAACAACUAUAGUUCGCUAUGUCAACCCAGAUGGUAAAGCUGUGGAGCGCUUUCUUGGAUUUACCGAUGUAAGUGAGGAUAGAACUGCGGCUAGACUGAAACAAGAAGUCGGUAAAACCCUGAACGAGUACGGAUGCGGCGAAAACUGA